AUGACGAAAGUUUCCAAAAAUACAAACAACUAUGGCACGCAACAAAAUGAUUCGGAUAAUGAAACAAAAAACGACACAAUCGACUUGGACGAUUUACUACCAAAAAUUGGUGAAUUUGGACUUUAUCAGAAAUUUCUGCUUUGGUUGGUAUGUUUACCGGCAUGUCUACCCUGUGGAUUUUGUGCAUUCAAUCAACUAUUUAUGACCGAUGUACCUGAUCAUUGGUGUUUGGUUCCUGCACUACGAAAUCUAACAACAAAGGAUCGGAAAAUGUUAUCUAUCCCGCAUAAGGUCGAUAGGAAUAGUUUUGAAAAAUGUACUCGUUAUUCAGUAAAUUGGUCCGAUUUAAUCAAGACGAGUUUACCACUUGAAGCCAACAUCAACUGGUCCCGUGAGCCCUGUUUAGAUGGGUACGAAUAUGAUACCUCUGAAGUGACAUCGUCUGUUGUAAUUGACUUUAAUUUAGUUUGUGAUUACGAUGUUUAUCCCACUCUUGGAUUAGUCGCCUUAAAUGUUGGUGGGCCUAUAGGUGUAUAUACAUUUGGCCUUUUAAAUGAUAGAAUAGGCCGUAAAAAGUCUUUCUUCAUCUGUCUUACUACAUUAUUAAUCGGAAGUAUUUUAACAGCAUUAGCAUAUGAAUACUGGAUCUGGGUAUUAGCAAGAAUAAUUGUUGGCUUAACUAUUCCAGCGAUUUACCAAAUACCUUUCAUAAUUUCUCUCGAACUUGCGGGCCCUAAUUACAGGUCCUUCGUAACCGUUAUGACAUGUAUAUUUUAUACACUUGGCCUAAUAUUACUGUCAGGCAUAUCAUAUUUACUAAGAGACUGGAGAUCUCUGGCGUUGGCCACAUCCGUACCAUUUUUCUUUUAUUACCUGUACUGGUUCGUAUUACCAGAGUCUCCGCGAUGGUUACUAAUGAAAGAACGACUUAACGAAGCUAACAGUGUUUUGAAAAACAUAGCCGAAGUAAAUGGAGAAGUAUUACCUGAAGAAUUUACAUUAAAAUUGGAAAAAUUACUUAUAGCACAGAAAAAGAAGGAAUUUAAAGAAACCAAGAAUAUUAGUGUAUUUGCAUUAUGCAGAACUCCGAAUAUGAGGUUAAAAACAUGUUUGAUUACACUUAAUUGGUGUGCCUCGGAAAUGGUAUACGUAGGACUAAGUUACUAUGGUCCAGCGAUGGGAAAUAAUCAAUAUAUGAGUUUUUUUCUAUCAUCCGCUGUCGAAAUACCAAGCUACAUUGUAUGUUGGAUACUAAUGGAUCGAGUGGGACGACGGUGGCCUCUUUGCUUAUCUAUGAUUUUAAGUGGAAUAUUUUGCAUUGUCACUGUAUUGUUACCUCAGGAUGCUCAGAUGGAAACUCUAAUCUUGUAUUUGAUAUCCAAAUGCUUUAUAUCUGCAUCUUUCCUAAUAAUAUAUCCUUAUGCUGGAGAAUUGUAUCCGACAGAAUUGAGAGGUAUUGGUAUUGGCACAUCUGCAUACAUAGGAGGCCUAGGAUUGAUUAUAAUACCUUUUAUAAAUUACUUGGGCGCCAAUAAUUUGGUUUUGCCUCUCGUAGUGAUGGGAGUCGUAUCUGUAAUUGGUGGAUUAACUGCACUCCGUUUACCGGAAACUCUACACUGUCCAUUGCCUCAAACUGCUGAAGAAGGAGAAGAAUUUGGUAAGAAUUGGACUUACAAAGAUUGCUUGCUGUGUGGCGAAAAAAGACAAACGGCAAACGUCGAAUCAUAUGAAAAUUUAGACCAGUUAGAAUUAAUACAAGCACCACUAGGCGAUGAAGUUGCUAGUGCAUCAGCUUUACGACGACCUUCCAUGCAUAAAUUAGUACGGCAAGUCAGUACAUUAGAAACCCAACGAGAUCUUGACGGGACUAUGAAAAUGACAUAUUGGUUUUAAAAGUGUCUAUGUCUAUCACAGAAGUCAAUCAAUAUCAAUAUCAGUCUACAGUGUCUCGACGUACAUAUUUUCUUAUU